AUGAUGGAAUUAUCUCCCAGAGCUGGGGAACUAACGAAUCUAUUCGAAAGUAGAAUUAGGAACUUUUAUGCGAAUUUUGAAGUGGAUGAGAUCGGUCUGUUCAUUUGGCUAACUCUAAAUUUAUUCCUCAUUCUGGUUUUGGUUUUCGUAUUAUGGAUCUUGGUUCGCGCUUUAUGGCAUUUCCCCUUAGCCGGGAUUCACUUGAUGGUCCAUUCUUCCACAAUCGCUUCUUCUUCUUCUUCUUCUUCUUCUUCCAAUAACAAUAACAAAAGAAGGGACAAAAGGAAGAAGAAAGAAGAUUUAAUAAGGAAUUUUAUUGUGGAAGAGGUGGAUAAAUAUCUGGCAACCCAUAAGGAGGCUCUAAUAAAGGAAUUCCCCGGUGCUUUCCCUUGUAUCGAAACGCCCGCGUUUUUGAUCAAGGUAAGCACGGACCUUAUACGGGGUACCGGAUUGCCAGAUACCGCGGACCCGGCGAGUAUGGAAAUACUCCAUAAGCAUGUCCCAAGAGCGAGGCGAGUUUUGGAACCCUACAGCGAGAGGGACGCCUCGCGAGCCGGGCUUCCAGAGAUGAGGCCUUUUGGCGAAGCCAAGUUUCUUUCGGGCCACCAAACCCUGCAACUGAUGAGAAAGAAGGCCCUAUGGGGUAAAGGGAAGCGUGUACGUUGUCACACUCCCUGCCUUCCAAAGGUGCCUAGAGGACGGGCCAGACGCAGCAGAGCGACAACCCGGGAGCAGAUUCCCCACCGGCAGGGGGACAGGAGACGGCCAUCUCAAGGCACAUCACGACCUACAGGUAAGACCGGCGAGACCAGGGAAGGCAACCCGAUUGGGAGUCAGAGGAUCCAUAGUACCUGCAGCCCCACGGACUGA